CCACGGAACAAUCCAGAACGCAACUCGGACUUCUAGAUAUUUCAAUCCCCCACCGGCUUAUAAACCCACCCCGUACACAAUAGGGUAUCAUCAUCACACCAUCACGAGCACCACCACCACUCACCACGCGCCACCCACCCCCGCACCGCACGCCAAGAUCCGACCGCCGCCGCCGCCGCCGCCGGAGUAGGGAGAGGGAGAGGAGAUGGGGCGGAGGGCGGGGUCCUACCCCUACUACGUGGAGGCGGCGCCGCCGGUGGACGUGAACAAGAACACGGAGUGGUUCAUGUACCCCGGGGUGUGGACCACCUACAUCCUCCUCCUCUUCUUCGCCUGGCUGCUCGUCCUCUCCGUCUCCGCCUGCUCCCCCGGGAUCGCGUGGACCGUCGUCAACCUCGCCCACUUCGCCAUCACUUAUCACUUCUUCCAUUGGAAGAAGGGAACUCCAUUUGCUGCUGAUGACCAAGGCAUCUACAACAGACUAACUUGGUGGGAACAAAUUGAUAACGGGCAGCAACUUACUCGUAAUAGGAAGUUCUUGACUGUGGUACCUGUGGUGCUGUACCUGAUCGCGUCACACUUGACCGACUACAAACAGCCAAUGCUUUUCCUCAACACCAUUGCAGUUCUGGUACUAGUGGUAGCAAAGCUGCCAAACAUGCACAAGGUCCGUAUAUUUGGAAUCAAUGCAGAUAUCUGAGGACCAUAUGAAGAACAUCAGGGCACAAGCUUCUGUGUGUUUGCAACGAGGGACAAGCGAACUUUGUGCAAACACGGUAUCUAAAGUAGUGAAAAAACUAAACUUUUUCACCACUGCAAUCUGUAGUAUGUGCAUAGGUGUAGGAAGAACCUGUAAAUGUUACUGUAGCUUAUAAUUUGCCUACAGGUUGGAGGCUGCUGCAUGUUUGCUCAUGCCACUUCCUUUAAGAACUCUAGUGGAGAGUGUAGACUGUAACUUAAAUAAACAUGUAAUCUUGUGGAUAUGGAAAGUUUGGUGGUUGUUAAAAUGGUGAACCGGAGUUCAGUUCCUGCAAAAA